AUGACUAACUACGAAAAUCUACCGUUAUAUGGAGUAAAUGUGAAAAUUUUCGUUAAAUUAGGACUCAUCGACUCAAUCGGCUGGACGAAGCGAUUCCUAGUUUGCUUAAUACCUAUAAUAACAUAUGUCGGGCAAAUCAUACAUAUAUUUAAGUCGUGGGAUGAUGAUAUUGGCGAGAUGAGUAUGAAUCUUCACAUAUUAUUGUUUACAACGCAUUCUAUAGUUCGUUUAUGGCUCAUGGUGACGAAACCCAAAGACUUUGAGCGAUUCUUUCUGUGUGUCGAGCAGUGGUAUACAAAUAUCAAGCGAAAUGACGAUCCACAAAUGGUCGGCACACUACAGAAAAUCAUCAAACGAACUCAGCUGGUGAUCAAAAUAGCCAUCUGUGUAGCCGCUGGAGGAACAAUAGCCGCAUUCUUCUAUCCAUUAUCAUUUGAUGGUCACAAACAUAUGGUAAGCGUGCAAUAUCCAUUCUUCGAUGCCCUCCAAACACCCUUCUACGAAUUCUUGUUUCUCAUACAAGUGCUGUGCUUAGCGCCGAUAAAUGUAAUUCUUACUUUACCGCUUACGAAUAUUUACCUUAUAUCCCUCAUGUUCGGUGAAUUGGUCUUAAAGGAUUUGUGUGUGAAGCUAAGAAAUAUACGCAGUGAGAAUGAAGAAAUCAUGCUACAGGAGUUCAAGCAGUGCAUUGCGUAUCACCGAAAAAUUAUUGAUUGGUGUGAUGAUCUUCAAGAUUUGCUUUCAAUGGAUGGAUUUUUCCACGUUGCGCUCUUUGGUAUGAUGCUCUGUAUGCUGCUCUUCUUCCUUUCAAUGAUACAUGAUCUCCGACUUAUUGUAACGAUACUGACGUUUGUCAGUUAUACUACUUAUAUGCUAUUCAGUACCUAUUAUUAUGCGAACAAGUUGGCAACUGCGAGCCUUGAAGUGGCCAACGCAGCCUACGACACACCUUGGUAUAGGGGAAAUUUGGAAAUGCGUAAAUGUGUCAUUACUAUGAUCGCAAGAUGUCAGAAACCUCUACAAAUGAAUGCCGGUGGACUAUAUCCGAUGACUAUGGAGACUUUCCAAGCCGUUUUACGUGUUUCAUACUCAUAUUUUUCCCUACUACAAGGACUCAGUCAACAGUAA